AUGGAUAGACUUCGAUCUUGCUUUGAUGAACCUACUAUUAAUGAUAUCUUAAAUGUUCCUUUUUUGGACUUGAGGGUAAAGAUGAGCAAAUUGGGGGAGGGAGAGUUCAGGGCUUUUCUCUUGUCGGUUGCUGUUUUACUUUCCCAACGACAUAUCAUACCUUCUCCUUUUUGUCCUCUGUGUAAAAAUUCCCCAAAAACAGUUAUGCAUGCUUUGCUAGAGUGCUCUAGAGCUCGGGAAGCUUGGAAGGCUUCUGAUUUUGCUCAUUUUUAUUUACAAAAUAACCAUUUGGAUAUUAUACAUUUUCUUUCUAAUGUGUUCUCAAGUUUAGAUAAAGGUUCUGCAGAUUUAUUGAUGUGUUUUAUGUGGACCAUUUGGAAUCAAAGGAAUAAUCAGUUCUUUAAUCGGUUCACUCUUGAUCCAAAGGAUAUGUUUGCUUGCUGUCAAAGUUUUCUUUUGCAGUAUUUGGAUGCGGGACUGAAAAGAUUUAUUCCCUCUUCUCAGGGUGAUCAGAGUCCUUCGGUCAUGGAUUGGUGUCCUCCAGGCAAGUAUCAGGUAUUCACAGAUGCAGCCAUUGACACUGGGAAGCAGGUUUUUAGCUUAAGUGUGGUGGUGAAGAAUGAUACAGAUCAAGUGAUUGCUGGGUUGGUGAAACCAGUUGCUGGAUUAAUUGCUCCAGUUAUAGCUGAAGCUAAAGCUGUUUCUCUUGCAGUGGCUUGGACUAAAAUGAUUAAUCUACCUGUUCAUGUUCUGUUUUUGGAUUGUAAGGUUGUGGUUGAUAAGAUUAAUAAAUGUAAUUGGAAUAAUAGUGUUUGUGAUGAUGUUUUAAUUGAUGUUUACAACUCUUUGUCCUUUAAUCCUAGGCCUAAAGUUGUGUUCAUUAGAAGAGAUGAUAAUACUCAUGCUCAUAAUUUAGCUAAACUGGGUUUAGGAUUAGACAGGCAGUUAUUAUGGAAUGGUUCUUUACCUUCCUUGUAA